CGGAGCAGGAAAACUUUUUUUUUUGGUCAACUUGGAGGCGCCUGUAUUACAUCGGAGCUACGUGAUGACAAAUAAAAAACUCUUAUAUACCGAGUUCUGAAGUUUGAAAAGCAACUUCGUCGCUGGGGUACAAUGGGACUCCCCACUUUGGAGUUCACUGACUCUUUCCUGGACAGUCCGGACUUCAGAGAGCGUAUUAAAUGCCAUGAAAUCGAGCUAGAGCGGACAAAUAAGUUCAUCAAAGACCUCAUCAAGGAUGGGAAUAUGCUCAUCACUGCGCUCAAGAAUCUUUCUGCUGCCGUCCAGAAGUUCUCCCAGUCCCUGCAGGAGUUCCAGUUUGAGUGCAUAGGUGAUGCAGAGACAGAUGACGAGGUGAACAUUGCCCAGUCAUUCAAAGAGUUCUCCCAGCUGUUGAACACUGUUGAAGAGGAAAGGAGACGCUUGAUUCAGAAUGCUGAUGAUGUGUUGAUUACUCCCCUGGAAAAGUUUCGCAAGGAGCAAAUCGGUGCUGCAAAGGAGGGGAAGAAGAAAUUUGAUAAGGAAACAGAGAAAUACUACUCUACGCUUGAGAGACACCUUGGCUUGUCAUCCAAAAAGAAGGAAGCAUAUCUGCAGGAGGCUGACACGCAGAUUGAUAAGGAGAGACAACUCUUUUAUGACGCGUCCCUUGAGUACGUUUUCAAAAUACAAGAAGUGCAAGAAAAAAAGAAAUUUGAGUUUGUUGAGCCGCUCCUGGCCUUUCUUCAGGGCUUGUUUACAUUCUACCAUGAAGGAUAUGAGCUGGCUCAUGAAUUUGAGCCAUACAAACAGCAGCUCCAGUUCAACCUGCAGAACACACGAAACAACUUUGUGAGCACCAAGCAGGAAGUGGAGAAGCUGAUGAAGAGGAUAAGGUCUGCAGAUCAGGACUAUAAACCCCCAGGCCAGUGGACGAUGGAAGGCUUCCUGUAUGUCCAGGAGAAACGUCCCCUGGGAUGCACUUGGACACGUCACUACUGCACAUAUGAGAAAGGCAGCAAGACCUUCACCAUGAGCAACACUGAAAAUAAGUCGGCCGGGAAACAGAAUGGUCUUGUCCUGAACCAGCCAGAGAUGUUCAAGCUCAAGUCCUGCAUUCGACGGAAAACUGAUUCCAUCGACAAGCGUUUCUGCUUUGAUAUCGAAGUGGUGGAGAGAAAUGACAUCUAUCGUGGAACUCUUUUCAGACCGCUUCAGUUUUUCUGUAAAGUCCGGCAUGGCGUUAUGACACUGCAGGCACUGUCAGAGUCCAACAGAAGAUUGUGGCUGGAGGCCAUGGAUGGCAAGGAGCCGAUUUACAACCUGCCAGCCAUAUUAAGCAAGAAGGAAGAGACAUUUCUUAAUGAGGCGGGCUUUAACUUUGUAAGGAAAUGCGUUGACCUGGUGGAGAUGAGAGGGAUAAAUACAAUGGGACUGUACAGAAUUGGAGGGGUCAACUCCAAAGUACAGAAGCUGAUGACUACAGUCUUUUCCUCCAAGGCACCAGUGGAUAUGGACCUGGAUCCGGAGACGUGGGAUAACAAAACUAUCACCAGCGGUCUGAAGAAUUACCUCAGGUGUCUCUCUGAGCCUCUAAUGACCUUCAAGUUCCACAAAGAUUUUAUCAUGGCCGUCAAGUCAGAUGAUCAGAACUACAGGGUGUGUGCUGUUCAUGCUUUGGUUCAUAAACUGCCCGAGAGGAACAAGGAAAUGCUGGAGCUACUAAUAAAACACCUCGUCACAGUUUCCACACAAAGCCAGUACAACCUGAUGACGGUGUCCAACCUGGGUGUCAUCUUUGGGCCCACGCUGAUGCGGUCACAAGAGGAAACGGUGGCCGCCAUGAUGAACAUCAAGUUCCAGAACAUUGUGGUGGAAAUACUCAUCGAGAACUUCAUCAAGAUCUUUCACCAGCCUCCGGAUCCCAAUGUCCCCCUGCCCCAACCCCAAAGCCGGCCUGGCUCUCGCAGGAGUAGGGCCAUCUGUCUGUCCACAGGGCCCAGAAAGCCCCGCAGCCUCUACACCCCAACACUGUGCCUGGCAGAUGCAGAAAGUCCCUGCAUAGGUGACACUUUUAGCAGCAGUCCAAGCAGCACCCCCAUGGGCAGCAUGGAGUCUUUGUCUUCCCACUCCUCUGAGCAGAAUAGCUCCUCCAAAACAGCUUCCUCUGCUCAGGUCAAGGACAAGUCGCUCCUAGACCUCCACCAAACGCCAUCACAACUCUUAAAUGGCCCCAGGAGCACUGUAUGUGUCAGCAGCCCAGAAUCCAGCUCCAAGGAGGAUGCAGGGCGUACAGAUGGAGAGUCGGAGGACGCUCUCAGCCUGUCCUCAGUCAGCACCACACCUAGGCUGUCUCCUGCUCCUAAAAAAGCCCCCCACUGCCGCACUGACCUCAAGCCCGCACUGCUAAACCGCUCAGCUGCUCCCUCUCUGAAAUCACUGCAUAUAUUUGAAGGCCACAGGAGCUGCUCUGGAUCUGUCCAAAGUCUGUCAACACUGGAGCCCAAAGAGAGUUUAAAGCCUACUGAGCACCCAGACCUUCCACCAAAACAAGUGAUCCGCCGCAGGAUGGACACCUCUGUCAGCAACGGCUACCAAAGACCUGGCUCAGUGGUUGCUGCCAGAGCACUGCUUUUUGAAAAUGCCUCCAACCCUCAGUCUAUUCCAGUUGGAAGAGACGCCAAAGCGAUGUAUUCCUGUGAGGCAGAGCACAGCCACGAGCUCAGCUUCCCCCAGGGGGCGCACUUCUCAAAUGUCUACCCCUCUGUUGAACCAGGCUGGCUCCAAGCAACAUACGAAGGAAGAACAGGUUUAAUCCCUGAGAAUUAUGUCGUCUUCCUCUAACAAGCUUGUAAACAUUGCAUCUUUUUCAUGGUAUCCAUGGAAAGAAUAAUACACAAUGUGGUUGAUUGUUGUAAUGUCAUUAUUGUUGGUAAUUGUAACAUUUCUGCAUUUUAUGCAGUCUUAGCAGCACCACAGUAAUUGCUUUAACAGUGCUAGAAGUUCAAAGUCCAAAAAUGUACCUCCUUUUCCUUUAUAAUUUCAUUGUGAAAUGUCUUUGGUAAUCUGCAGAGAUUCAGAAGUUAAGAAGAAAGAAGUAUGACAUUAUUGUAAGGUGUAAAUAUAUUACUCAUCGAAUGCACUGAUGUUUUUAGUCCCAGUAUUAGCCUACAGAAUCACAAAACAAUCACAUCCCAUUUCACAAGAUUUAUUUUCAGAAAUAUAUUAUCUUUCAACAUGCCAUUAUAUCAACAUAACACUUUCAUCAAAUUGCUAAUGAAAAUCUGUAGUUUCAUAAACUUAAACAUUUUUUAUUAACUGUGAUUUAAAAUAAGGAUACUAGUCUAAUCUAUUAGAAUCUAAUAGAAAAAGCAUAAUGGAUUUGCACCUUAACUUUCAUGUUUAUGGCCUGUGAUCAUUGUUCAGCCACUGAACCUGCUCACUGCGACAGUGCACUUUCUGGUUAGCUACACGGUACUGUACUGUACAUUAAUGCUCAUGAGUUCUUCUGUUGUUGCUAAUCAAAAAUAUUUACUUCUUAUAACUGUUUAUUAAUAUAAAUUAUCACUUCAAACAUAUGUAAAAAUUUGUUUUUUAUGAUGUCAUGAAUGCUAUGUUCAUGAGGUGGAGCCUUAGCCUUUAAUGCCUGUUGUGAUACUGUACUAACUGGUACACUGGUGUACUAGUAAUGACAACUAGACAUGUGUCAGAUUAUAUUAUGUUAUAGAUGCCAUUUAAUAUUUAAUUUUCUGUUACUGUCACAACAUUUCAAAAGUACAAAGUCCAUAAGUAUCUAAAAUGUUAACUUCGGUGAUACUUUUCCAGAAAAAGAAAGAAAAUACAAGAAAGAAAAUCACCAACAAACCUCCUAAAAUUAUUACAAAUUGAAAGGUUACUCCAAAGUAAGGAUUUGUCUGGUGGCCGAAAAUGUAUUUUGAAAGGUAUUGGAGAUCUUGCACUUGCCAAGAUCAGGAUGUUCUUUUCCAUUUUCAUAUUUAAGAAUGCGGGGUGGCCUUGAACAUUGAUGCUGGAAAAAUACUCCCUUGCAGUCUGAAUUUGCAGGGGCAUAUCACGGAAUUGAUAUCCAUAUCCUUUAUAUGUAACUUCUGGCAUCCCUUUUUUUAUAUGGCAAGCUUGUUUCCUUGCAAUCAUCUACUGUGUCUUGACAGUGCAAAAACAUGUCUAUAAAUAAACAGCGUGAUUUAUUAGA